GCCCUAGAGUCCAGUGGCUCGUGGAUUACACCACUGCAUCCAACGCUUUGCAUUGCACUUGGUGAUAUAAGGUUUGGAUGCAGCUUCUUGGUCAUGGAAACCCAUUCCAUGAAGCUCUCUAUGCACUGUUGUUGUGCUAAUCUGAAGCAUGUGCUGACCUCGCUCUGUCAUUUUACGAGGCCUACUACUUUGUGGCUGAGUUGCUGUUGUUCCCAGUUGCUUCCACUUUGUUAUAAUACCACUAACAGUUGACCAUGGAAUAUUUAUUAGCAAGGAAAAUUCAGGGAUGGACUUAUUGCACAGGUGGCAACUUCUCACGGUACCACGUUUGAAUUCACUGAACUACUGAGAGCGACCCAUUAUUUCACAAAUGUUUGUAGAAGCAGUGCUUGAUUUUAUAUACCUAUGGCCAUGGAGCUGAUUGGAACACCUGAAUCCAAUAAUUUGGAUGGGUGUCCCAAUACUUUUGGAAAUAUAGUGUAUAUACACCUGUUAC